UUGUUAUGGGCACCAUACAGAUCUAAUUGUUAUUUUGGUAUAAGACCUAGAAAUAUUAAUAAUAGUCCAUUGAUUAUGGGUGUUAUGUGGUAUGACAAUUCCAGGAAAGAUGGGAUGGUUAAUAUUAGACAUUUUGUUGAUCAAAAUGACAAGAUGUCCAAAUAUUCUUGGGAAAUAUAUGACCCUAGAAUUGGUGGUAAAGAGGUUAUCAUUGAUGAAACAAAUAAUAUGAAUGUUACCUUUACGUUUGUUAAAAGCCGUAAUGGGGAAAACUGGGCUGUUAGAGUUAAUGGAAAGCCAAUAGACGCCUCUAGACCUUCUACUGCAUCAAUGAUUAUAUACUUCAGUCAAAAUGGUGAAGAAGAUGGUUCUAAAUUGGUUAAAAUUGCUAAUGAUGAUUCCAACAAUAUAUCAUUUAACGGUCUUUCUAAAGAAUUGGGCAGUUAUAAAUUAUCUUUCAAUGAUAAUUACGGAACAUAUUUUGUUGAUCCAUCCCUUCCUUCAAUGGAAGUUGCCCCUGGUAGUGACAGUUCCAGGACUAGUCAUGUUUCACUUAGAGUACCAGAUAAAGAGACCUGGAAGGCAAAAGAUAUUUACCAAACUCUCUUGACCGAAUCUAUUAACGACCUUGUCGGCAAGGACCAAGCUGACUUCCAUCCAUCUUUAAUUCCAAGUAUUUUGACCAUUAGAAAUGUUCAUAACUUUCCUCCUGGUAAUUUACAUUACAUUCAAAAGACUUAUGAUAAUUCUAAUGAAGAAGGUUUUGAAUUCGAUAUUACUUUCAAUAAGAGGAAGACGACUCAAAGGAUUAGGUCCAGAAAGGACAUUUCUGGAUUGAUUUCUAGGGCAGUUAACGAAAUCCAAUCCAAAUUUGAUAGAAUAUUUAAGAUUAAAGAAGAAUCGGCCCAAUAUAGACCAUUUGCUUUGGAAACUUUAUCAAAUUUGUUGGGUGGUAUUGGUUACUUCCAUGGAAGCCAAAUUGUUGAUCGUAUUACUGAGCUUGAUGAUGAGACUUUUGAUAAGCCUAAUUUUAAAAAUAGAAAGGAAGAAGACCCUAUUGACCUGUUCACUAGUGUGCCAAGUCGUGCUUUUUUCCCACGUGGUUUCUAUUGGGAUGAAGGUUUCCAUUUACUACAGAUUAUGGAGUAUGAUUUUGAUCUUGCCUUUGAAAUCAUUACUAGCUGGUUUAACAAUAUUGAAAAUGAGACUGGUUGGAUUGCAAGAGAGGUUAUUCUGGGCGAGGAAGCAAGGGUCAGAGUGCCAGAAGAGUUUACAGUUCAAAGUCCAAAAAUUGCUAAUCCUCCUACCUUGUUGUUAACUUUUAGUGAAAUGUUGAAUAGAGCUAUAGAAUAUCAGAAUCAAAUUACUUAUGGUGGUAAUAACAUGAAUCUAAAUAGUAGAAGUAUGGAAUCUACAAGUGAACUUGAGAAAAACUCUGAAUUGUUGGUUAAAUAUGCGAAGAAAAUAUAUCCAAAAUUAUUACAGCACUAUCACUGGUUUAGAGAAUCUCAAAGAGGUGUUAUUGAAGAAUAUGAAGAAAUUUUUGAAGAUUUAGGUAUUUCAGAUAAGGUUCACACUGAAGAGCUAUAUAAAUGGUCUGGUCGUACAGUUGAUCAUUGCUUGCCAAGUGGUUUAGAUGAUUAUCCAAGAGCCCAACCACCUGAUAUUUCUGAGUUAAAUGUUGAUGCAUUGGCAUGGGUUGGUGUUAUGACUAGAUCAAUGAAAAGAAUUGCCCAGGUUUUGAACUUAGAAAAGGAUGAAAAUCUUUAUGAACAAAUUGAGAGGGAGAUUGUCGAAAAUUUGGAUUUGAUUCAUUGGAGCGAAGAGAAGAAUUGCUACUGCGAUGUCGUUGUUGAUGAGUUUGAUGAUGAUCUUCAGUCGGUAUGCCAUGAAGGGUAUAUUUCGAUCUUGCCAUUUGCCUUAAAGCUAAUCCCUGAGGACUCUCCUAAAUUGGACAAAAUAGUUGAUCUGAUGCAGGAUAAAAAUAAGCUAUUUUCUGAUUUUGGCUUACGUUCUUUAUCGAAAGAAGAUGAAAAUUUUGGUAAAGGUGAAAAUUACUGGAGAGGCAAGAUUUGGAUGAACAUUAAUUAUUUGUGCUUGGAUGCAUUAAAGUACUAUUAUCCAGCAAUCGAAACAGGUGUCAACAAAUCAGAAUCCAAAAAGGCAGUUUCAUUGUAUAAUAAUUUAAGAACUAACUUGAUCAAGAAUGUUUACAAAGUGUGGGAAGAACAAGGAUUUUGUUAUGAAAACUACGAUCCAGUUGAUGGUCAUGGUACAGGAGCUGAACAGUUUACUGGGUGGACUGCAUUGAUCGUAAAUAUUAUGGGUCUUUUUUAG